CCCAAACAUGUGGCCUCGUCGCUUGACAGGUUCCUGACGUUUUCAUAAACAAACCAACCGGUCAGACGAUCCCGAGGCUGCUCAUUUCGAAGAGUGCUGUUGCAAAUUCCCCUGAACUCUUCCGUCCCUCCCCUUCUCCUCCCCUCCCAAACAUGCCGUAUGCAGCCCGCUUGCCCACGGUCGAGAACGCCCCCUUGAAAGCCGCGAUAAGGCCUCGCAGAUGCUUGCGCUGGAAUUUCUAGGAAGAAAUCGAGGCCAACAUGUGGCGCCGCACAUACCUUUUCCUCAUAGUCGUUCGACUGUGGUUCGCUCUGUCGCCCAGCUAUUUGCACCCCGACGAGAACUUCCAAGGCCCAGAGGUCAUCGCAGGCGAGAUUUUCAAGUAUCCUGUCCGGCUUACAUGGGAAUUUACUAGCGACCACCCGAUCCGAAGCGUGUUCCCGUUAUGGCCGAUAUACGGGCUCCCGAUGCUCCUCCUCCGAUGGCUGUGGAUAGGCAAUGGCCAAGACGGCGAGGUUCCUCCGAUAGCAGUAUUCUGGACUCUCCGCGCACUCAUGUUCGUGCUUAGCUUCGUCCUCGAGGACUGGGCUAUUCACGAGCUGGUCCAGUCACCCCGGCACCGCCGCGUCGCCGUUUUGCUUGUCGCCUCGUCAUAUGUGACGUGGACCUACCAGACGCAUACCUUCUCCAAUGCCAUCGAAACGUUGGUUGUCGCUUGGAGUCUGGUCCUGAUCGAGCGGACCAUCGCGAUGCCUGUGAAUACGCAAACUCCUCUUCUGGCACCGGCUCUACUUGGUUCGAUGGUUGUUUUCGGAUUUUUCAACAGGAUAACCUUUCCUGCUUUCCUCCUCAUCCCUGGCCUUCGCUUAAUCCCUUACUACUGGAGGAAGCCACUUGCGCUUAUUGCAACGAUAUUAUCCGCGCUCUUCACUGCAUUCAUUGCAAUCUCCCUGGACACGGCAUUCUACAGCAGUCAGCAAAUCUCGUGGACCGAUUUGAUUUGGCAUCCGAUAGUUACGCCCUACAAUAAUCUCAUGUAUAACAUAGAUCCCUCGAACUUGGCGCAGCACGGUGUUCAUCCAUGGUAUCAACACAUUCUGUUCAACAUCCCGCAGCUGAUUGGACCGGCAGCCAUCUUGUUGUUUACGCGACCACACCUUUCUCUGCGACUUUAUUCUGCGAUUUCGGGGAUAUCAGUGCUUUCAGUUUUCCAGCAUCAGGAGGCUCGAUUCUUGCUUCCCACCAUCCCGCUGAUCCUCUCGUCAGUCCGACUUCCACACCAGCAGAAGGUUUUGCGGAUCUGGACUGCGAUGUGGAUUGGAUUCAACCUUAUAUUCGGUACAUUGAUGGGCAUUUACCAUCAAGGAGGCAUUGUUCCUGCACAGGUGUUUAUGAGCAAGCAAUCGGAUGCAACGAAAGCAAUAUGGUGGAAGACAUACAUGCCGCCCAUUUGGCUUUUGGAUGGCAAGGCCGAGACGCUGGAGACCCGCGAUAUUAUGGGGAUGCCAGGCGAGGACCUUUACGCGGACCUCACAAAGAUCGCCACUUGCGACGUUCCGGCGGACCGGAGGAACCAAGAAUACAAAAAGGAACCAAACGGGACUUACCUCAUCGCCCCUACAUCAGCCGCUUGGUUGGACCCAUAUCUGGGAAAUAAGGGGCUAGAGGGUCUGAGAUUUCGGCAAGUAUGGAGAAACAGCCACCAUAUAAAUCUGGACGACCUAGACUUCGCAGAAGAUGGUAUUUGGAGUACACUCAAAAGGGUCAUUGGGAGGCGAGGCCUAGCGAUCUGGCGGGUGACAAAAUCAUGCAAGCGAUGACCACAGGAAAAUGUUUGGGAAAGGAAAAUGACUGGAUUAGACACGCAAAGAUACCCCCACCCCUUGUCACGAAUGAACGAAAAACCGAUUGAUUGUA